AAAGCAGAAAAUUAUUACAAACAUUUUGUUGGCAAAAUGCUGAAAUUAUUUGGAGUAAAAGGAAAACUUUAUGAAAAACUUGGUAGAUAAGAACGAGAAGAGGCAGAAGAAAGAGCGGAUAGCAAAAUGACAAAUUUUAAUAUGAAAUAGUGUUACGAAAAAAUAGCAAAAAUAAGAGUGAAAAAAAAGAAAAUCAACAAAAACGAAAAGGUGAAACAGAAAAUUGCGUGCAUAUAAAGAGACAGAAGGACCACAUAUAGAAGAAGGUUCGCAUAUUGAAGAAGGAUGUGCAGAUAAAGUCAAGCGAAGAAAAGGCUAGGACGUUCAUGCUUAUAUGCAUAUUCAGAUAUGUGUAUGUACGUACGUAUACGGAUAUGCGUAUGUGUGUGUGUGAAAGCUGUUUAGAGUCAAACUGUAAUUGCAAAGUGCAUCAUUGCCGAAAAGUUUUUUGCAGCUACCGAGCGAGUAGGAAUAUAACGAGCAGAAGCAGCUGGGAAUAGCAGCAAAACAACAGCAUUGACAACUACAACUCGCAACCAAUUGGAGCGGAAAAGGCAGUGAAAGGAGUAGAGAUAUAAAAGUAACUAAAGUUGAAUGCAAGGCGGCGCGGGAAGGCGGAGGGGAAUGCUAAGAAUUAUGCGGGCAUGACAAGUGGCAAGAGCAACAAUGCGAGUACAAACAAUAACAGCCAAAGUAGAAGCAGAAAAGUACAUACAGGCAGAGUAGCUGAAGCAGUUUCUGUUAUCUGAGACAACAAAAAAACCUGCCACAAUCCUCAAGGAGUUGAAAGAGAAGAGCUUGCUGAAGCGGCAGUAAAGUGGUAUUAGAUGAAGUGGAAAAUUUUGCAUAUGCAUCUGUGACACUCAGCAACUGCAGCCGUCAAGCAACGACACAAGCAUAGACAGCAGUACAAGCAUACACGUCUGAUGUGUUUGCAGACAGACGAACAGAUAGACAGAUAGACAGACAGUUAGACAGAGAGCCGAUUUGAAAAACCAGGCUUCCAGUGGCAAUGAUGCUUUUAAAAGAAAAUAUCCAAAGGGAGCGUCAUGGUUUUCGAAAUUGGCAGGCGAAAAUUGGUAUGCAAGUACUUCCACUCAUUCAUUCAUUCAUUCAAUCAUUUCUACGCUCAAAUAAGUAAGUAUGCUCAUCUAUAUGAAUACGAGUUCAUAUGUGUGUGUGCAAAUUGGCCAGCCAUUUUUAGUUGUAACUAAGAAGAGAUGAGCGGAGACCAAACCCAAACCACAAAAAAAGAAAAACAGAACUUCAAAUUAAAGUGUGAAUAAGCGCCGAGAGGGAAUAAGCAAAAAUUUCAUGACAAAACCUAGCUCACUUUAACCUCAUCCAUUGGUUACGUACGUACGCAUGCACAAUUGGGGCUUGAAUUGAUGAGCCAAACCAGACGCAUAGCAAUUUGACUUAGUGAAUUUGUGUGGUGAUGGCUUAACCCAGCUCAGUUAUAAAAAUAAACAUUCGUUACACGAAAACCCAGAUACCUGCAGCCGCCCGUGAAAGUUUCGACAAAAUUUCGCUCGUAUAUAAGAAAAUAUUGUUGGAUGCCUCACUCUGUGUUCAUGCGGAGCAACACUGCUGAUGACGAGGCUUGUUGAUGCCAAUAAAUAAAUAAUAAUGCCUAGGAGCAAAAAAAUUACACAUAAAAUUUGAAGCAUCAGAAGAGCAACAACAGAACGCUCGAGAGAAUUUUGUAGCAUUGCGCAACUAAGGCAAGUGUAUUUCACAACAAAAAACAAAAAAGAAAAACAAACACGAAUAACGGCAACUUAAACAAGUGAUUGGUAGAAAAAAGAAACUAUUACCAUUUACAGUCAAUAUUAUGACAAUGGCAAUAUGUCAAACGCAGUAGCAGUAAAAAACAGCAACAGCAAACGAAUUGACAGAAUAACAUUUUAAUUGAAAAUCAACAGCGAAGGCUUAUACAAUAGAGCCAAGAGCAAAAGCAAAAAACAAAAAAAAAAUCAAAACAGUCGGGGGAAAAAGGAAAAAACUCAAAUUUGCUCGUGCAUGCCUACAACAUAUUCUCCACUCACGCCACAGCACACAAAUUCAUAAGCGUUGACUUUACUGCUCCACCACCCACCAGCCAAGAGAGUCCUUGGGCGCGCACGCAAUAAACUGGUACUCAACGAACGCAUGACUUACCACCACAGUUGCACUGAUUUGCACAGCUAUUGUUGUUGGCUCAAGAGCCUCCUGUGAGCGCAAUAGCGGCGUACAACAACAACAAUAGAAAAAAACGACUACUAUUACUAAAAUUUUUUCACUGCUGCACACUGUAACAGUGGCCACCCCACACACACGCAAAGUGCAACAGUUCGAUGGGUAAGACGUGCCCUACGCCUAGCCUGAAUUCGAGUAUCUCGAAUUCUGUUAUAACGAAUGUGAGCAGCAGCAGCCACAAUCAGAGUCACAGCAAUAGCCAUCAUCAUCAGCAUCAGCAUCAACAUCAACAUCAGCAUCACCAUCAUCAUCAGCAGCAGCAGCAUCAUUCUGUGCCGUUGCCACCACCACCACCGCCACAAUCUAUACAACCGCAACAACAACAUUUUCCACAGAAAUACAUGAAUUCGAAGCGUAAACAUGCCAACAAUUACCACAACAUGCUGAUGCACCCGGGAGCACAUCUGGAUCACAACAAUUACUUACAUUUGAAUUCGUUGUGGUCCAUUUGGUAUGGCGUUUUGCUGACGCUAUUCCAAGGCUAUUUGGCCGUACAUGGCGCCUAUCGGUUCCUUGGCUGCUCGCUGAUAUCGUGGAAAAUUGAGCCGGUGGCUGAAUUGAAUUUGCAAAUUGUGCUUUCCGGUGUCGUAUUCAUUUUGCUGCCGUUUUUCUUCACUUCGGCUGUUUUUAAGGUUGGCAACUUGGCAAACGAUGGCAUCAAAUUGGCAACUGGCUCGAAGGAGCGACGCUGCUCUAUGUCACCGCAUGAUGGACUUGAGGAGGAGGCACGCGGUGGUACCCUACGCGCUCUGUGGACGCAUGGCGGUCCGACGGCCGCUUUUGUGCACAUCGUGAUUGCGAUGUGUUUGCUGUUGCCGCGGCUACUCUUGGAGGCCAGAAUAAUUGAAAACGGACUGCUGCCAAGAGAGAAUAUUUGGCAAACGGAACUUGACUUUAUUGCGGUGAAUCGACGUAAUUUGGUUGUACUUUCGGUGGUUACCGCCCCCUACCAAAAUGGAACGGGUAACAAUGGCGACACCAGCAAUAGCUUAGAUGAUGAUCAAGAAGAAGACUACUACAAUGACACAAUGUUUACAGCUGUCGGCAGCGGCACUACAGGAACCAACAUAAACAAUAAUGCGCUCGACAUAUUGUCGGAUUCAAUACGAGGAAAGAUGGCAACGAAUGUUGGCAAACGAAUUGGCGAAGGCAAAAGGAAGAGUAGCAACAAUGUUGGGGUGGAUUUCAGUGAUGGUGGCAAGACAAGAUAUUUCGAAGUGCCCGAUUUAAUUAAUCCAGACAGCAAUGAAGAGCCGGGAGACUUUGAUGAAGUAAAUAAUAAAGAAGAAGAAGAGGAUGAUGAUGAUGGUGUAAGUGAUGUUUCAAACCAUAAAAACAACAACAAAUAUGAAUUUAAGGAAGAAGCUGACAUUUAUGAUGGUAGAGGAGCCAAAGGUGGUGAUGAUGAUGGUGAUGGGGGUGGUGUGAGCGGCGUGGGUGUCGGCGAAGGACGUAUCUUUGUGGAGCAUUUCGAUGCAAAGGAAUUUUGGGAAAACAGACCUGCCAACAUACCGCAGUCGACAACCGCAAAGGCGAUAACGACAAGUACGAUAAAGGCAGCAACAGAGUCGACUGACAAUAACAACAAAAACUAUGACAAAAUGUGGGACAAGUUGGGCACACUCGGCAAGGCAAAUAGUUUCGCCGAUGGAAUGUUGGAUGCUGAUGUGGAGAAUGCUGCGGCAACAACAACAACUAACAAGUUGUCAAGCACAACUACAAGCAACAUACGGCAGCAGCCCGAAACAACAACCACGACGACAGCCAGCGAACUUGAUAGGUCGAGAGGAAAUGAGGCUGCUGUGACAACCACGAUCACCAGCGCAACAGCAACAAAAAUAACAACAGCAAUGGGUAAUAAACAUACAAAUAAAAUGGCUCAAAACACAAGCACUCUGAAAACGACAACUACAAGCGACAGCAGCAACUAUAGCAACAACUAUACAGACAAAGCUAAAAAAGGUGUAUUAGUUGCUGCCAGUUUCACUACAACAACGGUCACUCCUGCGGCACACACCCAACCCACACGCACACAUAAUCAUCACCAGCACCAUAAUCAUCAACACCACAAAGAGCAACUACAGUCACCGCAACAGGCACACACACAUGCUACACAUUCGACCAAGUCGACGCGUAAGCAUCACACUCAGAAUCGACAGCAUCACCGACAACGCGGCGGUCAGCACCACAACCGUCGUCAACAGAACAACUCAGGUGGUGGCGCGACUGCCGGACGUUCCGACGAGUCAGCCCCAUCACGAGGCUCUCGCCUUGAUACGGGCCGUGCAGCUGCCGAUUUGCGCACUCCCACCGCCUUCGACCUCAACAAAGUUACAGGAACGGGCAUCAAUUUAAAUCGACUCGAUGAGCUCGAUUUGUCUGCGGGCACAACCUUUGAACAGUCUAUCAUUGCACCUCGUGGGCAAAACCGCGAUUCCGCUGCCUCAUUUGAUACGGAUGCGCGUGAUUAUGACGCGCGUCGCAUUUACACUAAAUCAACGUCGACGAUUAGCACGACAACACGUGACAGCAACAUACAUAUCGUUAAACCCGAGAAGCUGCCAGAGAUUAUACCGUCCACGCCGUUAACAAGCAAUUCGAAAAUUAUCGAAAUCAAAACGAAGAGCAGCAUCGGCAACGGUGGCGGUCUAAAACGCAACAAACGCAUGGCGGAAGCGGAGAAGCAGGUGGAAAUCGAGCCAGAGUAUUUGGUGGGUGAAUUAUCUGGCAAUGAUUCCAGCGAGUAUUUAGGCACGUCUUCAUCGGCGGAGUCUGCUGCAUCCGCAUCCUCUUCUUCGUCCUCAGCUACUGCUAACACCGUCUCAACCGCACGGCAACCACCUCAAACGAGUCUAGUGCGGCUCGAUGGUUUUGCUGGUAUGCUGCAAAUAUUCUUCGGCAUCGAGAAGCCCAUAGAUAUGGGUGUAUUCGAGCAUCCGCCCAGCGCUGAGUUCGUGAAUCUCCUCUUUGCGCUACUCGUUUGGUGUGUACGCUAUCCAGCUGUCUUUUGGACGACAACCAAGUCGUUUGCCACCAUCUUCAGCAUACAAAUGAUUGCUGUCGCUUUUGAUAUCAUAUUUAGCUACAUAGGCGCCGCCAAUCUAUACAAAUCGCAAGUGUACAGUGAGGCAAUGCCCAUCCAAACUCCCGGCCUCAUUUUGAACGGUGUAGUCACAUUGGCACUGUUUUUGCUAUCAUCAGCGCUGAUGAUUUCCUCAUCGAUGAUUAUGUACUUGUACGGGCACGGCCGGUUGGCGGCGAAAAUGCGUGAUCGCUCAUUGAUCACGAUGAAAUCAAGUGAAACAUGGAUUUAUUUUGCGCACUGUGCAUCACUCUGCUACGUAUUGGCGUGUGCUGUAGUGAAGGCGCCCCUAUUGAAUGAUCUCAGCGCUACUUACAAAAACAAUUUGCACUGCCCUACGUUCCUGUCAGCAGUCAUCAGCGUCGCUCAUAUCUUGCUGUGGAUUGUCAUUUGGCUAUGUUUGACAGCCAAACAUCGUUGGACAUUCAAAUUGCCGCCAAUGGAUGCAUAUGGCAUUACUAAAGCGACCACCCAACCGCUACUGAUGGCAAACCGCAGUAGUUUGCCCAGCGCUGGGAGUGUUAGUGGCAGUGGCAGCAAUAUCGGCAGCUCAGAUCAGAAGGCCUCAUCUUUGAUGAGCGGUGGUGGUGGCAGCGGCGGCGGUAGUGGACGUGGUGGCAAACUGAGUACCGAAUCCAGCACCGAUGGUGGCACUGACGAUGUGUACUGGCCAAAAUUAACACCAAGCUCACCGAAAUUGAAGGUCACCUUCAAUGAAGUACCGAGUACGUCUGAUGAUGUCCUACUAAUUGGUGACCAUGAACAAAACGAUGGCAAGCGCCAUUCGCCCCGUGGAACCGCGCUAUGUUUUGCCAGUGUUGCGGGGGAAAUUGACGACGGAGAAUAUGCGACAUUAAGAACUGCCAGCGCUGCCACUAUGGCAGGCAUCAACAUGACCAGCAUGAGUAGCAGAGUGGUGGCCAAGGGCAACAUCAUCGACCCCGUCAUGACGAUCGGUUGUGGCAAUGAGACGCACGUCGGCAGCAUUCCUAAUAAUAAUAGCAGUACAACUCCCACCGGCAUCUAUGGCAUGAAACUUUUACAUCUUAGCGAAUAUGAUGAACUGCCACCGCCACCUCCACAACUGAUGCCGAUUAUAAGUGGACAAAACUCAUCGGUGGCUCGAGGUGAUUAUGUCAACUGUGGUGGCGAUAAAGGUGGUGGUAGCAGAGGUGGCGGCGGCAGCAGUGCUACUGGCACUGGUAGCUUUGGUGAUGACAGCACCUCGGAGGAGGGCAAACUAUUGGCCUGUGUGCAUGAUGAUAGUGUGACGUAUGCAUCGACACGUGACUUAGAACCGCCAACAGCAACGACCCCACCACCACCACCCCCAACAACAACAACAACAACUACUUUGAUUGCCGACGACCAACAGUCAUCAGCCGCCAACACUCAUAACAACGCCGCUGGUGUUAAUGGUUUAAUGCACACUGGAAUGAUGGGUAGUAACGGUGGUGAUGGUGUUGUUGCUAAUGCUGGCGCUGCUGUUGCUGCUGCUGCUUCUAUGGUUGGUCGAGCACCACAAGCCAUACCGGAGAAUAUGCAAUUGUCCUCGUCGCCGGAGCAUCUAGUCAGUCCAUUGGCACCGGUGACGGUUACCGUUCACACCAACGAGGCACAUAUCGCCUCCAGCUCGACGCCACGUUGCUUGCGACGUGCCGAUUCAGGUGUGCCCAACGAAGCACUUACACCGCGCAGCGACACCACCUCCACCACAGAGAGCACCACUUCGCCGCCAGAGCGCGCUCCGUCCGAAUCAUCGAGCGGUGUGCACUCGGGCGAGGAACGUGACGUGGAGGUGGUCAUACGACCACGUGCCGCCUGCAAACCACCACCCAAACCGCCACAGCCGGCCAUUCAAGAGGAGCCCUACGGUCGCUGCACCAACAUGCGCAUGUCCAGCUUUGGCGGUGACUCAGCUAACCCGGGUGCUGGUGGUGGUGGAGGGGGUCGCGCACUCAACAGCGCCACGCUACCACUGACACGUUCAGCACCAGAACAGAAAUUUGAUUAUGCCAAUCAUUGCAGCACAAUGCCCCUACCGGCGGCUUGCCAUAGCCAACAACAAGCUGCUGUAGCAGCACGUGGCAGUGGCAACUACGGCAUGACCACCUCCGCAUAUUCUAUGCAUUCACAGCCUCCGUUGCCGCCACCACCGCUCAACAGCAACCUCAGCAGUUUUCGUUCGCAAUAUGCCAACUCAGCGGUAGCGAUGGCUGGUGCUAAGGCAGCGCAAAUGCUACAGCAACAACAACACGAGCAACAGCAGCAGCAAUACUCACAGCCACAGUCAACAUCACCACCACCACCGCCACCGCCAGCCGGUAUGCACACAACGCUACCGAACGGCGUGCGCUACUCGAAUCCGCAUUUCCUGCGUCGUCUGCCGCACGUCACCAAGGCGGCUGAAUCGCCGUACGGCCACUUGGGACUCGGCGCUGGUCACCACACUUUCUCAAAGCUGCUGCAGGAUCCACUACAGCACAGCCUAGUCAAUACAGCCAUACCCGAGGAUCGCGACUCGGCCAACUAUUCCAUGUCCUCCGAACCCGAUUGCGGCAAUUUAUAUGCGACAGCGCAGACUUACAACUGAACGAGUAGCUGCGCGGGGAAUGCUGAAAUAGAAGGUGCCAUAGCAGCUGCAACUCAUCUGGGAAUGUCAUGAAAAGCAACACAAAUAAGAUAAAUAAUUAAAUGUGGCAGAAAAAAAGCUAAUUAAGUAUUGAGACUUUGUAAGGAGUAAAAAUUAGCAAAAAAAAGUAUUUUCAUAAAAACUAAAUAAUGUUAAAGAAGUGAGAAGAUAAGUCAAGUGAAAAACGAUAGAAAAAGAAGCUCUAAGGAAUGCUUGAAGUGGUUUAUUUAGGCCCCUAAGUAAAGAGUGAAAAAUUGUGUAAUUUUUCUUAAAUUUGUGUAUAUUUACAUAUUUCACAUACUUCUUUACACACUGGCCUGUCGUAAAGUUAUUUAUACCUACAC